CCGGAGAUAACUUGCAGACGUAAAAACAUGGAAUAAUAUUCGCAGUUAACUUGACUUUUCUUGUGUAAUUGUGUAAGUAAAUCUAGUUGCUAGACGAGAUGGCUUCUACAUCCGAGUCGGACAAACCAUCAGUUUCUAAUGUGGAAGAAAACAGAAGUCGUCUCUGCGACGAGUUUGCUGAAAUCACUGGAACUGAUAGCGCCGUGGCUCAGUGCUACCUGGCUGAAAAUGAAUGGGAGAUGGAGAGAGCUUUGAAUUCAUUCUUUGAGGCAGACCUGGAGAAAGUAUUUGAAGUAGAAGAAUUUCCAUGGGGUGAUGCCAGCCCUAAAGCCAAGAGGCAGAAAGCUGAUGAGAAACAAGCAGUAGACUGCAUAGAUUUGACUGAAGACAGCCCUGCCUCCACAUGCAAACCCUCAGAGGAAGACGACGGUAAACUGUCACUGAUCUCCUGGAACGUGGAUGGACUUGAUACCGACAACCUUGCAGAGCGUGCCAGAGGCCUUUGCUCCUACUUAGUCUUAUAUACUCCUGACGUGGUGUUCCUGCAGGAGCUCAUUCCACCUUAUGUCCAGUACUUGAAGAAACGGGCUGUCAGCUAUCUAAUCAUUGAAGGCGGUGAUGAUGGUUAUUUCACUGGGAUAAUGCUGAAGAGGUCACGAGUCAAACUUUUGGAGAGUGAGACAGUAACUUACCCCACCACGCAGAUGAUGAGGAAUCUUCUUGUAGCUCAGGUGGAUUUCAAAGGCCAGAGGAUUUGUCUGAUGACAUCCCACUUAGAGAGCUGUAAGGGCCACGCAGGGGAGAGGAUGAAGCAGCUGCGAGUGGUGAUGCAGAGGAUGAAAGAGGCGCCUGACAAUGUCACCGUCCUGUUUGGAGGAGACACAAACCUGAGGGACACUGAGGUGGCCAAGGUGGGCUUGCCUUCCAGUGUCUGUGAUGUCUGGGAGCAACUUGGCAAGCAGGAGCACUGCCGCUACACAUGGGACACCAAAACCAACAACAACAAGACUGUUCCCUAUGUCAGUCGCUGUCGCUUUGACCGGGUGUACCUCCGCCCAGCAACCAUGGAAGAAGUCCCACGUCUUGUCCCUGACCACAUGGCCCUGGUGGGGCUGGAGAAGCUGGACUGUGGACGCUACACUAGUGAUCACUGGGGAAUCUACUGUAGCUUCUCUGCCAGGUAGAGAUACACAGCCGAGCCGGAAGAUGCAAGUCAAAGCUUUUGUUUUAGAUCAGCUGGUCUAGCUUGAGUGUUUUACAGUGCCAGUGCAGACUUGGCUACCAUUGCCACUGGGUUCAGACCAUAGAAACACUUUCUCCUUGAAAGGAGAUUGCUCUCACCUCAGCUGAGAUUGGUUGCCUGUAAAUUUUAUGUCUCAAUUUGAUUGAUUUUAUCUUCUAAUGUGUGUUCUAAUGAGUCUCUGUGCAUUUUUUCCCUUUACUUAAUAUUCACAGAUAAAUGUAAAAACCACCAAUAAAUGUUGAAAUGUAAAAGUUGUUGCAGUGAAAUUCAUUUUUAUAGUAGGGUUUGAAAGUUCAGUUUAGACCUGACCUGCCCUGAGUUGGAGCCAAUUGAUGUUUGAAUUUCCAUUUUAAGGAUGGAAGUGGUGAGAUAACUGUUGUUUCCAGAUAGUCUGUAUUUCAAAAUAGAGUCAGUAGCAGGAGGCUUUUGUUGCAUAAUAGGGAUGAAAAUGAUCAAUUUUAAUAACUAUACUAUAUCGUACUCUUUUACAUUCUGCUCUAUAGAAUGAAAAACUCCAUGUGGACAGCACUGUUUUGGUGAACAUGAAUGUAAUAUUGAUAUGUGGCCACUAGAGGGCAGUACAGAGUCGAAAUCUCUCUCUCUAUAUACAUACAGUAUGUGCAGGUAUACAGCUCAAACAGGAGAGUAAACUGACUGAAUUUGUUCAUCUAUUUGCAACCAGCUUAACCCCUUAAGACUCCUGCAAAAUUUGCCAAAAAUGCCUGUCAAAAACAUACCCAAAUUAAUAGCUGUUCUUGAGCCCUUAGGAGUACAUUCAAAAGUUUGGUCUCUUUGUGAAGGUAACACU